AACUAAUCUGUAAUGAACGUCCUUCUUCGGAAACGAAAAGUCCCAUGCACUCAAUUGUUGACCCGAGAGAACUAUAUCAGCUGCAGACAGCACUUUUUGAUAUAUGCAACGAUUGUCACGACGCACCGACAGAAUGAAUUGAUUGGCCGGAAUAACAUCAACUUUGUGCUCCACGAGACCUGGUCGCAAACUAAAUUUGCAAAAGCCACCACGAAAAUCGCGUCCCAUAGCACCACAACCAAUUCCACCACAAGGAACACCAUAAAACGGUUUGUGUUUCAAAGGCUGGAAGGUGUUGAUGAAGAGUUUUUCCUUGUCAAACGUAUACCUCAUCCAGUAAAAGAAAUAUCGUCUGACAAAUGGGAGUGCAUCGAGGAUCUGAAUGUAAUUAAACUAGCACUACGGAAAAUAAUAUAA